UAGCAACUUAUUUUUUUCUAUUAAAUUACACUCAUAGUUGGACGAAGAUAUUUUCCCCCAUCAUUUUCUCACCUCAGACUUGCGUGAUUAUAUUGUUUCCCAAAAUCGCCCGGGUUUUCUAUAAAAAGUCGUCUCUCUCUCAGAAAAGAAAUAAGGCCGCCAUAAUUAGUAAAAUAUACCUCUCUUACACUGAGUUACACAGACCCAUUCAAAUUCUCCCCAAAUCGAAAGGAUUGGAUAAAGUGAUUUGGUUGAAAAUUGGAGUGAACCUAGACGCACCCUUUUUGUAUGUAUACAUGCUCAAAUACUCUACAGAACAUCCAUUUUGGAGUGUGUGGAAAAAUGGCUCUUGCAUGUGCUCCGCCAUUGUUGAACUUCAAGCUGUCAAGCAAGUGCCCACCAACAGCCCAUUACUGUUCUUCCAAAAAGCUCGCUCCUUUUACUACGAUCGCGGCUAGAAGAGGCGUUGGCCUGCGCCCUAGAAGACCCCACAUUUUGCCUGAUGGUGGUAAAAGUGUUGGAUUGCCUUGUUUAAGGUCUGCUGCCAAACGAAACUUGAUCAAGGUGGGGGCUUCUUCUUCUUCAGGUGAAGCUGAUUCGUCAGAUUCUGACACAGUACUGCAAGAGGUUUUCUCUUGGUCUUCAGUUAUCUUACCAUUUAUAUUUCCAGCAUUGGGAGGUUUAUUAUUUGGCUAUGACAUUGGUGCGACCUCUGGAGCUACAAUCUCAUUACAGUCACCUGACCUUAGUGGCACAAAUUGGUUCAACCUUUCAGCUGUUCAGCUUGGUUUAGUGGUUAGCGGCUCUCUUUAUGGAGCUCUUAUUGGUUCUGCCAUUGUUUACCCCUUGGCCGAUUUCCUUGGACGAAGAAGAGAGCUUGUCAUUGCCUCAAUCCUCUAUUUGAUUGGUGGUUUGUUAACUGCCUAUGCUCCUGGCCUUGGAGUUCUCUUGGUAGCCCGAGUUCUUUACGGUCUUGGCAUUGGCAUUGCAAUGCAUGGGGCACCUCUCUACAUAGCAGAGACCUGUCCAUCUCAAAUUAGGGGAACUCUAAUAUCCUUGAAGGAGCUUUUCAUCGUGAUGGGUAUUUUGUUGGGUUAUUUUGUCGGAAGUUUUGAAAUCAAUGCUGUUGGAGGGUGGCGUUAUAUGUAUGGGUUUAGUGCCCCAAUUGCAUUACUUAUGGGAUUGGGCAUGUGGAGUCUCCCGCCAUCUCCAAGAUGGUUACUCCUUAGAGCUGUUCAGGGCAAAGGUUCUUUACAAGAAUUUAAAGAGAAGGCAACUUUUGCCUUGAGAAGACUUAGAGGCGGGUUAAGUGAUGACAAAGUGUUUGAAACUCAAAUUGAAGAUACUCUUCUUUCCUUGAAAACUGCAUAUUCUGAUCAGGAUUCGGAGGGAAAUUUUCUCGAGGUUUUUCAGGGGCCGAGUCUGAAAGCGUUUAUAAUCGGUGGAGGAUUGGUCUUUUUUCAGCAGGUCACGGGACAACCAAGCGUUUUGUAUUAUGCAGGCCCCAUUCUGCAGUCUGCUGGAUUUGCUGCAGCUGCAGAUGCUACUAAACUUUCAGUUGUUAUUGGAGUAUUUAAGUUGCUCAUGACGGGAAUAGCCGUCUUGAAAGUCGACGAGCUCGGGAGAAGGCCCUUGCUAAUCGGCGGUGUUGCUGGGCUGGCCUUCUCGUUGCUUCUGCUUUCGGCUUACUACAAAUUCUUGGGAAGCUAUCCAUUAGUUGCCGUAGCAGCUCUGCUUCUCUAUGUCGGUUGUUACCAGAUAUCAUUCGGGCCUAUCAGUUGGCUGAUGGUCUCAGAGAUUUUCCCGAUUCGCACGAGAGGAAAGGGUAUUAGUCUUGCAGUACUCACAAAUUUCGGCUCGAAUGCUAUUGUGACCUUUGCUUUCUCGCCUUUAAAGGAGUUGCUUGGAGCGGAAAAUCUUUUUCUUCUAUUUGGGGCCAUUGCUAUACUUUCACUGGUGUUUGUGGUAGUCUCUGUGCCUGAGACCAAAGGCUUGAGCUUGGAAGAAAUUGAAUCCAAAAUAUUGAAGUGAAAGCCUCUGUACAGCCCACUAAAUCUGUUGAUAUCUCAGAUACUACCACCAGUGACCAGUCGACUUUAUUUUGAUUUUUUAGUAUAAGAAAAAUAAUUCUGGAAAUUUGUUGGGGAUGUUUUAAGGUAUUUUCCCCAUGUUUAUCAUGCUCCUUAUUUGUUAUAGUUUUCAUUUCUCAAAGACAACGAAAAAAAGAACAAAAAAUAAAAAAUAAAAAAUGAAAAGUAAUUAAACUAGAUACUGCAAACUGGUAAGAACAUGGCUAAAC